CCGGAAGUCGCCUGUGGGCUGCGGCGGUCCGAGUCGCUGCUGUGGGAACACGGAGCGGAGAAUUUAGGUGACGUUGAAAACAGAUGCUACUCCCUCCUAUUGUUGGCCUUCUGAAAAUGGCAACCUGAGUGACACCCAUCCUCUAAGGGAGACCAGAGAACUAAAACCCGGGCUGUCUCAAAUUUUAUUUCGAAGCACCAGCUCUACUCUGAAUCUCAGUCUGUUUCUGUAGGUUCUUGAUUUUCCCACAAUGGGUGAACCCCAACAAGUGAGUGCGCUUCCACCGCCCCCAAUGCAGUACAUCAAGGAAUACACGGAUGAAAAUAUUCAGGAAGGCUUGGCUCCCAAGCCUCCGCCUCCAAUUAAAGACAGCUAUAUGAUGUUUGGCAACCAGUUCCAGUGCGACGACCUUAUCAUCCGCCCCUUGGAAAGCCAGGGCAUCGAACGGCUUCAUCCUAUGCAGUUCGAUCACAAAAAGGAGCUGAGAAAACUCAACAUGUCCAUCCUUAUUAACUUCCUGGACCUUCUAGACAUCUUGAUAAGGAGCCCUGGGAGCAUCAAACGAGACGAGAAACUAGAGGACCUUAAGCUGCUUUUUGUACACGUGCACCACCUUAUCAACGAAUACCGACCCCACCAGGCACGAGAGACGCUGAGGGUCAUGAUGGAGGUCCAGAAACGGCAACGGCUUGAAACGGCUGAGAGGUUUCAGAAGCACCUGGAACGAGUCAUUGAGAUGAUCCAGAACUGCUUGGCUUCUCUGCCUGAUGACCUGCCCCAUACGGAAGCAGGAAUGAGAGUGAAAACGGAACCGAUGGAUGCUGAUGACGGCAACAACUGUACCGGACAGAGUGAGCAGCAGAGAGAGAGCUCGGGACAGAGGAGGGACCAGAUCAUAGAGAAAGAUGCUGCCUUGUGUGUCCUGAUCGAUGAGAUGAAUGAAAGACCGUGAAGGGGUUUCCUAGCGCCAGACAGGAGUUUAUUUUCUCUUUGAUAGUCUUAAAAAGAGAUAUAACUAAGAGUAAUGAAGGGAUUUUUUUAACUUUCAACUUUUUAAUUAAGAGAUGCUAUAGGUUAUAUUGUAUUGUAAAAUGAGCCUAGACGGGUGAGCAUACCUACAUUAAAAGUAACCACUUUGAAAAGCAAAUUGUUUACCAUUGUGUGGGUGAGCCCUAUUUUUGGAGUUGCAAUAAAAGUUUGAAGCAGUAAUAGCAAACUGUCAUCCUUGAAAGUAAAUUCUUUGGUUUGCUUUAAGAAUGAGAAAGGAUAUCAAGCUGAAUAUAUGAGAAAUUGUGCGAUUUUUCAACUUGUUUAAAAUUUUCGCUUAAUAUCUAAAGUAGUGUGUGACGUAUUGAGAG